AAGACAUCAGUGGUACAACACAAGGGUGCUAUACCACAAUGAUUGGACAACUGGCUGCUUUGGUUUUUCUUAGUACAGUGUAUCUGAUUCAAACUGCAGAGGUUCCUCAGCAGAUUCCUUUCACUGUAGUUGAAGUUGGUGGGAAUGUUACUUUAAAAUGUCCACUCUCUGACAUUGAAGGCAAAUUCUUUCACUGGUAUAAGCAUGCUCCUGGAUAUAUGGUUCAAACUGUUGCUUCAGGAGCUUAUUCAAAGCUAACAAUUAGUGAACAAUUUAAAAACUCACGUUUCAGUGUCACAGAGGGCAAGUCUCAGUAUCUUCUUACCAUCAGAAAUGUGACCAAAGAGGAUGAAGCAACUUACUUUUGUCAAAAUGGAACGGCGUAUUCACAGAGCUUUAACAUUGUCAUCUUCUUGGCUGUGAAAGAUCAAAAAACUCAGCAGAAACGUAUUUAUGUGAAACAAAGUCCGGAGACAGCAUCAGUUCAGCUGGGAGCCUCAAUGACUCUCCAGUGUUCACUUCUCUACACGGACAAAGAGAGCAGAGCCCAGUGUCCAGGUGAACACAGUGUGCACUGGUUCAGAGCUGGAUCAGGAGGAUUUCAUCCAAGCAUCAUUUACACUCACAGCAACAGGAGUGAUGAACAAGAGGAAAGGAGCUGUGUCUACAGUUUGUCCAAAACUAUACAGAACUCCUCUGAUGCUGGGACUUACUACUGUGCUGUGGUCACAUGUGGAGAGAUCCUGUUUGGUGAAGGAACUAAAGUGGAGACAAUUCCAGAACUGGACCCAGUUAACAUCGUGCUUGGAGGACUGUUGGCCUGCUGUUUGACUGUGAUUGCUGUCCUGAUUUUCUUCAUGAGUCGAGGGAAAGUUUGUGAACAUUGCCAAGGAUCAAUGCGUGCCUCUCAUGUACCUGGACAUAACAAGUUGGCAGUGCAUCAAUCAACUGACCCGGACGGUGAUGCAGAUGCAACAAACUACGUAGCACUGGCUUUCUCCAAACGGAGAGGAAAAAGAGAGAAGAAGAAGAUCGAGUCACCAGAGGAGUGUGUGUACUCUGCCGUGAAAACAGAGUAUCACACGUCGCACUAACCCUCUUCAGAGGCGGAGCAUGUGAAUCAGAUGACCCCAGGUCUUAUCCCAGUGGCUGACACCACAGUUAUGUGCCUAAGGACAGAAUGUGUGAGUUUGAAGUAUCUUCUGAAAAGGAUGUUGCAAGAUGUUACCCAUCGUAUUACUGAGUUUGCUGCUAACAAAGUCAUUUCAUUACUGCAAUUAAAACUGCAUUUGCAUGUAUUAUAUUUUUGCAUCCAACUUGAAGUAGUGUAGUCGUGUGUUGUACUGCGACUCAUGUCUGUGCAUGUCUAUGUUCAAAACCUUGCAUGCCACUUUCAUACAGGGUUUUGCACACACCUUGCAAUGACUCUAUUAUGGUGUGCGCACUUUUUUUCCUAACUGCCAUCCCAUAAUUUGCACAGAAAAGGAUAUGAAGUUGCCACAAGUCAUUCAGAAUGUGUCCACUUUAUAGUCAGAUAAAGGUCAAAGGUCAAAAGUUUUGCGGGGGUUUUUAUCUUUCUCUGCAACAUCAAUAACAUGUCAAAUUCCAGUAAUCAUCAUUGUAAGAACAUAAUAUAUAGAAAACAGAGUUCCUACAAGGAGCUAAAUGAAGAACAACAAGAGGAAAACUGAUCCUGAUGCACUACGCAGCAUUUCUUUCAGACAAAGAUGCUGCAACCUGCUAGCAAGGUUGUUUGGUAAAGGAGCUAUAUGUAAGUUUUCUCUGCUGCUGAAUGUGGUUUCUUGCCAGGAUUGUGUGGUGGUGGUGAUGGUUGCUUUUUGAGAACUUCAGUCAUCAUUGCAUUUACAAUAGCCUACAAAAGGUUAUAAUUUGCCCUCUGAGAAGCGUUAUUUCCUCAGGGUAGAUCGGAGGCAGUGACUCAAUAUCGGAAAGUGAUGAGAUUGCCAACCAGGCUGGAGCUAGCUGGUUAGCACGCGAACUUCAAUCAAUGUAGUCAAUAAUGAUCAUAUAUAUUUAUUUGCUUACUUAAUUAAGAGUUUUCUUUUUUUUGUCUUUUUUUUUCUUUAUGUUUAAAUUUGAACAUCAAAUGAUUUUUUGUAAAUUGUAAGCUGCUGCUUCCACAUAUCUGUCAUUGCUUCUGUAUGUCAUCCACAUGCAAAAUGUUUAUUGUAUGGCAAAAUACCUAUAUGGCACAUUUCAUAAAAUAAGAAAAAAAAU